AUGGUGGAUGUUACGUCGCGGACGUUAAAAAUUUCCGGCAAAUUGUCACAGAAAACUGAUGAACAAAAAAUGCAAAUAUUUCUAAAUGAACUGAAAAUAUGUAAACAAAAAGGUGAUAAAAUGGAAGCGUUUGUCACAGAUAAUCGAUCACUAACAAUUAUACAAAACCAUUCAUUUCAUUUACCAUCAAAUUUAACAAAAUCAAUUAAAGAAUUUAAUAUUAUCCUUAAAAAUAUUACCGUUCCGAAUAAUGAAUGCGUGGGAAUGGUGCUGGAUGCAAGUUUAAAUUAUAUAAACAUCAACAUUUUACUCCUUUGCUAUGAAAAGAACCGAACCCUUGGUUGGAAUAAUUCGGGAAAAAAUAACAAUUCUGAGAUCGAUGAUCAAAUUAUCAGUUUUUUAAAUUAUGUUCACCAACUGCUCUAUUUGUUUCGUCCGUCGUAUCUGUCGCAUCAGAAUAGAAGUGGUGAUAAGAUUGAUUCUAUCCGUUAUCAUUUUAUUUGGAACGAAAUUGAACAACAGAAAGCAAAAGAAAAAAAUAAAAAAUUUUGGGAAAAGACAGUGGUAUUACUGAUUCUGGUAGUUGCUUUCAUCUGUUUUUUAAUCACUGCGAUUAAAGGAAUUCAGUGGCUUUGUGGAAAGAAGAAGCCAAUUUUCAAUAUUCUUGAUGAAGAAAGGCUUCUAAUAUUAUCAAAUAACGAAAUACUGCUUAUGGAAACAGGAAAUGAUCUCUGUUACGUUAACAAACCGCAUCAUGUUAAAUCGAAGAAAGUGUAUCAUUCGAUAUCACACUUUUAA